AUGGAUCAGCUUUCUGAACAUAUUUUUGAGCUCAGGGCAAAAGUUGAAGAAAAGACCAAACAAAUCAAGGAUCUACAAACGAGUCUUGGUUUAGUUCUAGCAAAUUAUUUCAAUCUCAAGAACGUAUUGUACGAUGACUUUGGUGAGAAAGUUAAAUCCCUUUUCCAACAGCCUCAUGGAGUAGUUGAUCCUCCUUCUAUUCAAUCACCUCUUGCAACUGAUGAUCUACCUGUUGAAAAAGAACCUGAAGAAAGCAGAGCCAGAAUCACAAUCAAGACAGGCAUCCGAAUGUGGGCCUUUGAUCCAGUGACGAAAUUGUGGGUUGUAAAGCGAAAAUCAGGAGCAUCUGAAUGUUACAAAAGCACCCAUGAUUUCAACUCCUGGACCAAAACUGAUCUAGCUGAAUUAUCCAGGGCCCCAUUCCAUAACCCCUCUGAAGAUCCAAAUGCUUCAAAUUUCAAAAGAUUUCUCGACAGAUAG